AUGAUCCUGAAAUGGAUCAAAGAGCCUAAACUGAGUUGCUACACCUGUAAUGGACUGGCAGAUGAAAAGCAAUGUACCACGGUCACAGCAUGCAGUGCUGAAAGCAAGUUCUGCAAGACAGUUCGCAGCACCAUUGCAGGAAAAGCGACUGCUGUCACGAAGACCUGUGAGGCCACUUGCACAGCAUCGAGCACAGUCUUCCAAACUGUAGAGUGCUGCCAGGCCAGCCAGUGUAACGAAUACCAAGAAAGGGGUACAGGUGCGUCCCCGUCCACCCAAGCCAGCUCCCUCCUGCUGGCCGUGUCGAUCAGCCUGCUCACCAUGCUGCUCAAAUCAGCAUGA